ACGUCACAAUGAGAAGCGCGUAAUACGGGAAUAUAGAAUGUUCAAUUUCAGGAAUGUUUAGGAUUAGCUACUCGAGAAUAACAAUCGACUUUUAUUGUGAGAACAGUUUGCUCUUACCUCAGUGAAGAAGACAAUUUCACACUUGAAAUGGAUCUCUACAGCUGCCCAGUUUUUAACUCUAGAAUCAUGAAUGCUGACUUGUACAGUGUUUUGACAUCAGAGUCAGUUCGAACCAGAGAAGACAAGACUGGUGUUUUGCUGCACUUGAGUACACCACGCUUGAUAAUUGAUCAGCACAACCCCUGCCUGAAAAGUGUUGCACGUGUCUGCGCUGCAGGUGGCUACAUUGUGCACGACACAGGUGAUACGAUUCUGGCUGAAUGGGUGGUGGAGAGCGUGCAGCUGAGUGACACCAUAUCUCAGGUUGUCCAAUGCGCUUUCCAAAUUCUGGAUAAGUGCGACAAGCAAAGGAGAAAACAUCUCAAAAUAGUAAUAUCGUCUGGGAGAUUCUCCAGAGCGAGAGUAGGAGUUGGCGCUCGUCAGCUCUUCGCCGUGUUUGGCACGGCGGUGGACGAGAUGCGAUCAGCGAUGGCGCUAACGGAGCCUGGCUACGUCAUGCUCUCUCCUGAAGCAUGGCGGCUCUGCCGCAAAAACGACUUACCCAUCAAGUGGACUGAAAACGAACAAGUGGUCAAGGUGCUCUGUGUCAGGAAAAGACAGAGCGCGUCAAUGGAAGACCUGGACAAUUACAACAUCCCUGCGAGGAGCUCCCCAAGAAGAGCGUACCUACUAUCAACAGAUGACAAACAAAAAUACAUGCACAGAUUCAUGAUCGAAACAGCCCUGGAAAGGAUGCGCACAACAGUGCGAAUGCAGCGGCUGAAGGAGGCGUGGCCCGUCACCAUCUUGUUUGUGAAUGUCCAGUACGCGCAAACUCCGACGGAUGUCCGACGCACCUGUCACCGAGUCAGCAACAUUAUUGCCGAGCAGAUGUUCAGCUGCUGUGGGGAGAUCUGCAAUGCCUUCUUUUUUGAAGAGGGCUGUGUAUUUCCGUGCGCCGUCGGUUUACCCGGGAAAAGGAGACAGGAUAAGACUGCUCAGGCGAUGCAGGCUGCCUACUGUAUACAAGAGACAUGCAGCCGAGAAAUCGACAACAUUUUGAUGGUCUCCGUAGGGUUAAGUACGGGAAGAGUCUUCUACACUCUGCAGCGCCGUCCUGAGAGAAACGAAUACACAGUGUACGGACGUACAGUACACGUGGCAUCGGCUUUGGUGAAGGAGCACCUGGGGAUGGUGUCGUGUGAUGUGGCGACCAGCCUUUACUCCAUGCUGCCUCUUUUGCCCUCGAUGUUUCAUGAGACGAAAGAUCAUCUUGAACAAGUGCACAAACGGGACGAGAUUUAUGAGAUGCUUGGUGAUGAAGCUGCAAUGUCCAGGGGGAUGUUCGGAAUGAGACUGGCUCUAGCUCACAUGCAGACAAUGCAGUAUGUCGAGCGUCAGGUGGUGGAAUACGCCUCUGUUAUUGGCCACACCUUCACUGUCGAGAUGCUGCAGAAGUUCCUGCCCGAUAUACGUGACCGGGCUCUCACAACCGCCCUUAGAUCGCUGUUUAGAGUGGGCAUCUUCAAGUGUGCCUCCGAGCCCAGGGACGUCUCAGUGACCAAGACCUGUUACUGCGAGAACAAAACCCAAGAGUUCAUGCAGAUCUCAGAGGAGCCUUUGUGGACGUGUCAGCUGAUGAGUUUCUGCAACGCUGAGGAAAUGGAGGCGGUGCAUAACCUGGUACAAAAGAAUAGGUUUCUGUUCAAGGAGCACCAUGUCAUGUGUGCCAGGUACCUAGAGGAAAAGGCGUACCGCUGCAGCAAAUGCAACGCUGACAAGUUCAUAUUCGGACCAAAAGAAGCCGCAGGAGACAUCGACGAGCAUCUCCUGGAGAUAUACAAGACAAUACGGCCUAACGAGAUCUUUCAGAGCCAAGGCAUGCGCUGUCGAAGUAAGACGUUCCGGGCUGAAAGAAACAGCAAGAAUACAGCGUGCGUCCUGUCCAAAGCGAAGUCCGUACUGACGGAGACACGUGAUAGAACGACUGCGGGCGGCUGCGAGUGCGCUCAGCUCGUGGAGACGGUACUCUUCCCUAGAGUGAGACACUGGACCUGUGUAGGAGACGUGCCCAGGACCUUUUACUACCUGGUGGAGAGCGCAGCCGCCUGUGUAUAUCUUCACAAUGAUGCCAGGGCAUUGGAGUAUCUGAGGAUGGCCAAGGCAAUUGUGGAGAAUCUCACAAAAGGGAGGCCUGCGUUUCCAUCAGCAGAUCCUGGAGCUGUGAAACUCUGUAAACUUCAGCAAGGGUUUAUGUAUCGGCUCACAGGAGAGUUUCUAUUUAGCGCAGGGGAAAUUUCAGAGGCAGAGGAGAGCUUUAGGAAAGCCUUGAAGGUCCUGAACUGCAGACUCCCUCGCAAUGCCCCCAUGCAGUUGCCGAUGUUGGUUUGGGAGACGAUGAAGAAAAGCCGCUUCCUAUCCAGACACUUCGAGAUCCCAGAGAAAAGGAAGCUAGCCCGUCUGCAGGAGUGCAUCUGUUGUCUGUCCUUCCUGUGGCAAAUCGGCUACAUGUGCGGCCAGCUCCAAAGCGCAACGCUGGCCAUCACCAUGGAGAUCAACCUGGCCGUCCAGACCGCCGAUCCGUGCAAGAUCCUCUACACCGCCAUUGACUACCUCCAGUACAGGCAGCUUAUGAGCAGGGAGAGCGAGUGCAAGCAUCUGAAAGACUUCCUGUGCAGGACUUGCGCCAGCCUGUCGGACCACCCUGAUGGACCGAGGCUGAUCAGCCACUUGACUCGAAUCCUCACGUCGUCAAACUGUACACCGAGGACCUGGAGCAUUCCACCGAGUGCAGAAAGUAGAUCUCAAGGAAACAGGGCUGGUGACCGCUGCCCUAUACCAGUGGGGGAUGAGCAACCGACUCAGACUGACCAGAAGGGUUCGGAUAUGCUCGCUUCAGAGGUUCGAGUGAUUCAAGCCACAGCAGGUAACUCCCAUUGUUGAAGCUCAGUAAAGCUCCUCUGAGAAAUGCCUAGCUGAGACCUCGCUCAACACUGCUACAGGAGUGUAUGGGGGUAUACACCACUUCAGCAGACUUGGCUCCCUAAUCCCACACUUCUUGGGUAAUCCCAAGUAUGGUUGCUACAUAACAUUGUAUUAAAACAUCUCAGCGUGUCAGCAACUGAACUUAAUCUCAAUCAAGACCUUAACGCUCAGCCCGAACAUCCUUUAAACACAUGGAGAUUUCAAUAAAGAUUCUUAAUGAUGUCUGUUUCUUGUCCAAUAAUAUACACUCAGCUUAGUCAAUUCCAAGUUUGCAAUUAUCCAGUCAGCCAAUCAUGUGGCAGCAGUGUAGUGUAGUAGGACACAGGUCAAGAGCCUCAGUUAAACUGCACAUCAAACAGAAUGAGAAAGAAUGUGAUUACACUUCACCUGGUCUUUUUCCAAUCUUCAAAUUUCGUCUUGGAUCCCUGUUUUUGUCUGACAGGACCGGAGCUCGAAAAUCGAUC